GUGUGUGUGUGUCCGGCUUUGGUGGUUUGGAGGAUGGCGAUUGGGCGGGGAGCACGAUUCAGUUCUCUAGCUGAGCCUGGGAGGAGUGGGAGGGACUCGGAGCAGCGGGGUUUCUCACACACAGCCUUCCAAGCAGUCCUCCUCCAGUGCCUGCCAGCCGGACCCCAAGGCGAAGAGCAGCGGUGCACAGCCUGGGGAGCCAGCAGAGGGAAGACACCUGCGGCCGGAUGCUCCUGGUCUCCCGUGACCGCAUCAUGAUGCUGGGUUACUCAUGUCCUUGAGUCAGUAGAAGCAGAUCUUCAUCAGUCCACAUCAAUACCAGCUAGUCAGGAGGACACUACUGCCAAGCUCCAGGAGCACCAUGUUCUGCAGGAAGUUCAAGGAUCUCAAGAUCACAGGGGAGUGUCCUUUCUCCUUACUGGCCCCUGGUCAGCUUCCUAAGGAGCCAACAGAGGAGGUGGCUGGAGGCUCUGAGGGCUGCCAGGCCACUCUGCCCAUCUGCCAGGACUUUCCUGAGAAGAAUGCAGAAGGGAGUCUCCCCCAAAGAAAGACAAGCCGCAACAGAGUCUACCUGCACACCCUGGCAGAGAGUAUUUGCAAGCUCAUCUUCCCAGAGUUUGAGCGACUGAAUCUUGCACUUCAGAGAACAUUGGCAAAACAUAAAAUAAAAGAAAACAGGAAAUCUUCAGAAAAAGAAGACCUUGAAAAAAUAAUUGCAGAAGAAGCAAUUGCAUCAGGUGUCCCAGUGGAGGCGCUCAAAGACUCUCUGGGUGAGGAGCUGUUCAAGAUCUGUUAUGAGGAAGAUGAGCACAUUCUGGGCGUGGUUGGCGGCACCCUGAAGGACUUUCUAAACAGCUUCAGCACGCUCCUGAAGCAGAGCAGCCACUGCCAAGAGGCGGAGAGGCGGGGACGACUGGAAGAUGCCUCCAUCUUAUGCCUGGACAAGGACCAGGACUUUCUAAAUGUUUACUACUUCUUUCCGAAGAGAACCACAGCCCUGCUUCUCCCCGGUAUCAUUAAAGCGGCUGCUCGCAUACUGUACGAAAGCCACGUGGAAGUGUCCCUGAUGCCUCCCUGCUUCCGAAAUGACUGUACCGAGUUUGUGAACCAGCCCUAUUUGCUCUACUCUGUCCACGUGAAGAGCACCAAGCCUUCUCUCUCCCCAGGCAAGCCCCAAUCCUCCCUAGUGAUCCCUGCCUCGCUCUUCUGCAAGACUUUCCCGUUCCACUUCAUGCUGGACCGAGACCUGGCCAUCCUGCAGCUGGGUAAUGGCAUCAGAAGGCUGGUGAACAAGAGGGACUUCCAAGGGAAGCCCAACUUUGAAGAGUUCUUUGAAAUUCUAACGCCCAGAAUCAACCAGACAUUUAGCGGCAUCAUGACAAUGUUGAAUAUGCAAUUUGUCAUACGGGUGAGGAGAUGGGAUAACUCGGUGAAGAAGUCGUCAAGGGUUAUGGAUCUCAAAGGCCAAAUGAUCUACAUCGUUGAAUCCAGUGCCAUCCUGUUCUUAGGGUCGCCGUGUGUGGACAGGUUGGAAGAUUUCACAGGACGAGGCCUCUAUCUGUCCGACAUUCCGAUUCAUAAUGCCCUGAGGGAUGUUGUCUUGAUAGGGGAGCAGGCCCGGGCUCAAGAUGGCCUCAAGAAGAGGUUGGGGAAGCUGAAGGCAACCCUGGAGCAUGCCCAUCAAGCCUUGGAGGAGGAGAAGAAGAAGACGGUGGAUCUUCUGUGCUCUAUCUUUCCCUCUGAGGUUGCUCAGCAGCUGUGGCAAGGACAAAUUGUACAAGCCAAGAAGUUCAACGAGGUCACCAUGCUCUUCUCAGACAUCGUAGGGUUCACUGCCAUCUGCUCACAAUGUUCACCUCUGCAGGUCAUCACAAUGCUAAACGCUCUCUACACUCGUUUUGACCAGCAGUGUGGAGAGCUGGAUGUCUACAAGGUGGAGACCAUCGGGGAUGCAUAUUGUGUGGCAGGGGGAUUGCACAGAGAGAGUGACACCCAUGCUGUCCAGAUUGCACUGAUGGCCCUGAAGAUGAUGGAGCUCUCCAAUGAGGUCAUGUCUCCCCACGGAGAACCUAUCAAGAUGCGAAUAGGACUGCAUUCUGGGUCAGUGUUUGCUGGAGUUGUUGGAGUGAAGAUGCCCCGGUAUUGCCUGUUUGGAAACAAUGUCACUCUGGCUAACAAAUUUGAGUCCUGCAGUGUGCCUCGGAAAAUCAAUGUCAGCCCCACCACAUAUAGGUUACUCAAAGACUGUCCUGGCUUUGUGUUCACGCCGAGAUCGAGGGAGGAGCUUCCACCAAACUUCCCUAAUGACAUUCCUGGAAUCUGUCACUUUCUGGAUGCUUAUCAACAUCAAGGACCUAAUUCUAAACCAUGGUUCCAGCAGAAAGAUGGGGAAGAUGGAAAUGCCAACUUCUUGGGCAAAGCAUCAGGGGUAGACUAGCGAGCCACAUGCUUAUAUGCUUGACGCCUUUGAGGGUAUGCAAAACCUCUGAGAUGAUGUUAGGAUUACAGAAGAUCAAAAGCAGUGUUAAGAUUGCAGAGGCUAAACACAAGUUUCCUCUGUCUCCCAUUUAAGAUGGAAAAAAAAAAGUGUUCACUUCAGUGCUUCAACCUUCUUCUAUUUAAGAAACAAACCUCAAAAGUGACUUGUGACUUUUGGGGACAUAGUUUUGUUCUAGAACAGUCACUACCUGCACUUAAAAUCCAGCACAUUGUACAUAUUCCAGGCAACUGUAGUCAAGUGUAAGUGUUGAAAUAAUGGAUUCAACUCCGGCCUGUGCCUAGCGCAAGCCAUGGUUAUUAAAGUGUGUAUGUGGUAGUGUCGCCUGUAAAAUCUCUGAAUAGAAACAACAGUGUUUAAUUCUGCAAGAGCUUCCAGCUGCUCAACUCUACAUUCAAUUAGAUGCCCUUCUUUAUUCAUGGCAUAUGUAACACAAUAGGCCAGCACCACCUUUCCAGCUACAUCUUUGUACCUAUGUAUGUGUUUUCCUUUCCUUUACUUUUUUUUUCUUAAAGAAAAUAAGCAAUUAGACAUUAGAUGAAAUGUGAUAUAAGAUAGUUCUGCAAGUAUCAAAGAAUAUUUUCAUGUUUUGUCAUUAAAAAUAUUCUCUAUAGCACAAUAUGUAAUACAGCAAAUACUUUUCUUUUUGAUGCUGUAUGUGAUAAAACAUUUUAAUUAAUAGUAACAAUGUACUUCCUCCUAAUCCGUGUAAAAUGUACUAAUAGCAAAACUUUCAGAAUACAAAGACUUAUAGCUCUAGUUAGUAUGCAAUAAUAUUCAAAUUUAAUUAAGGCAUAGAAUUAAACUUUGCACACAGAGAGCCUACUGUAGCAGACAGUGGCAAAGUGUUCACAAACAUUCAUGUUUAAAUGAUCCUCCACUGCCAUGUUGAGCCAUAAAAUCCAAGGGGAAAAGUUUGAACUCGGAAGUAGAAAAUGAGGCUCUGUUUUAUCUUUUUUGAUAGCAUCUUAAGUAUUUCUACUGACCAUUUUAGUGUAUGUGUAUGUGUUAAGAAUCAAAUUUUGUAUUAUUCAGUGUAUACCUGUGAAGUUUUAUUCUAGUUAAAAUAUCCUACUAUUUUCUACAGAAACCACUAGUAUCAAUGAAGAAAACCCCACCAGGGUUUCAUUGUGAAGAUCUUUAAAUGUCAUUUCUUCUGGAAUUUCUUUUCCCUCUGAAGCCCUCCUCUCAGUUCUCCUUUCUUCCCUUCCCAUUGUGCAUGUAUGUAUGAUUCUGUGGGCAGAACACAGGGACAGUGCAUGCUGGGUAAGGGCUCUGUUAUUGAGUAAUUUCCUCACCAUGGAGCUUGGAUUUUAUUGCUAAUGGUGACAGUUUAUUCUCCCUCCCAAAUAAGCUCCAGUGUUAAUUUAGUGAAAGGAUAUGGCUUGGAAAGAAAACCAACUUCCAAGCCAAGCGAGAGAUACACAGUGGAGUUUUUGAAUCAGUCUUAGCAGAACUGCAGACAUGCUGACUUUCUAUGUGUGUAUUUGAAAAGAAACUCAGUUUCCAAGUCCUUUUCUACCUCCAUUAGUCUCCAAGCAUCCGGAGUAACAGUCAUCAUUUGCCUAGUUCUAGUUUCCAAGGGGUAUGACUGAAACACUCCAGUGGAUUUCUUUCAAGGUUAGUAGUAUCUCAUUAAACAGUCCCACUGAUAUUGGAGAGUGUCGCAGGCCUUGCAAAGGUGUAUUUAUGAUGUCACAAUGCUAUGAAGUUCAAUGAAUAUCUAUUAAAAAUGUAAAGAGAUAAAUACCCUCUCAUUCUGGAACUAAAAUUCAAUACAGGGGAACUAAUAGCAAUCACAGACAAUUAGAAAGCAGAAAACAGGAUAUCACCCUCUUAAGCUGUGUAGUUAGGUAGUUACUACAUUAGUAAUAAUCUGAUUCAGAUGCUUGCACAUUAAUUAGACUUAAUUCCCCACUGUAUUUUAGAGAUGGAGGUAGACCUCAGUGACAAAGCACCUGCCUAGCACUAAGGCAGUCCUGAGUUCCAAUCCAAGCAGCAUGAAGGAACUACACGUAUCUCUCAUGUAUGUGCAUAUAAUGUAUGCUCACACUCACCUGUGUCACCUGUGUACACACCUGGGGCUAAUGGAGGAACUGUACCUAAUUCAAGUAAAAAGAAGUAUGGGAGCUCCAUGUACGGUUCUUAAAACUUUUCUAUUAUUUUGUCAUUUUAUCUAAAUAAAAACAUUAUCAAAAAUUAUUUUCCUGGAA